UUCUCCUCUCUCCCGGGCCAGGGGGAUGGAUGUUUUGAGACGCACAGCGGCCACGUACUACUGCAGACUUGAGAUGUAGGCCGAGUGCUGGUCUCUGACGUCUGGUGGGAUCUGGCCUCUAGCAGCAGGUUGGCCGAGGCACGUCCUGGGUCCAGGCUCUGUGCCUGUGGGUGACCUUGAGGAGGCUGGGGAAGAGCUGUGUCCCCUUCCAGCCACUUCCUACUUCAGUGGCCUUGGCCUGGGAUUUCCAGAAGGAGUUGCUCGAUCUGUUUUGCUCCCAGGAAGGCUCUCUUCACCGUCUUCCUCUCCACAACAAGAAUAACAAGAGCUUUUACAAUUGAUGUUAUUUCUUCAUUGUUAUUUAUAUUUUAAAAAAGAAAAUCAUGCUCACAGAAUCAUGUUUACCAGCUUCAUUUUAGGUAUGAGGAGCCUGAGGGUCAGAUGUGUGAAGCACGAUUCCAGGGGCACUCAAACCGAAUCCCAAGAUUCUGCCCACCAUGUGGUUAGACUCUCAGGAGCAUCUGUCUGCUUACGGCCCUCCAGCACCGUAAGGAUAGAAGCAUACUCUGUUCAGUGGAAGGUGCAAUGGCCCUCAAAUUCAAAGUGUUAUGUGAUACUGACUUGGAAGAAUACUUUGGGUAUGAAGUACGAAAAUCAGACUUUGAAUCAUUUCAACAAUAGACUCAGAUUUUCGAUCGAGGACUUAACUCUUCACAUCGAGGCAGCUCAGCAUCAGGACAGCGGCCUCUACUUCCUGGAGCUCACCAAUCAAUCUGGGCACGUGUCACAGCACAAGUUCCAGGUUUCUGUAUUUGAUCACGUCGAGGAGCCCCGCGUGCUGGGUCAGUGGAAGGCCCUGGACACGGGGAAGUGCCAGGUGACUCUGUCCUGCUUGGUCUCCAGAGGUGGUGAUGUGAGUUAUGCUUGGUACAGAGGGAGUGAGAUGAUCCGGACAUCGAGGAACCUCACCAGACUGGAAGUGCAGAUUGACAUCAACAGUUUGCACACAUUCACCUGCAAUGUCAGCAACCCUGUCAGCUGGGCAGACAACACCCUCACGCUCACCCCAGGCUGUCUGACUGGCCACCAGAAAUUGGGCUUUCUGCCCUUUUUGGUGGCGGUCGUGAUUCUCCUAGUCUCACUGUUCCUGGGCACCCUCACCUGCUUCUGUGUGCGGAGGAGGAAGAGGGAGAAGUCAGAGACCAGCCCGGAGGAACUUCUGACAAUUUAUGAAGAUGUCAAGAACCCGCAAAUCAGGAGAAAUCAAAGGCAGAAGCAGAAUUCCCCCGGAGAAGGCGCCACCGUCUACUCCGUGAUCCAGUCCCAGGUACCACUCCGGCUUCUCACACCCAUCCCCUUCUGCUUCCACAUCACAAGAAACUACACUGUAUUCACUAGUCCAGCCUUCCCGGAAGUCUGGAACCAAGAAGAAGAGCCACGGGCCUUCCCUCAACAACACUGUGUAUGACGAGGUUGGGAGGAGGGAGCCCAGAGCCCAGAACCCUGUGCGGCUGAGCUGCAAGGAGCUGGAGAGCUUUUACGUGUACUCCUAGUGGUCACAGUCCUCCUCAGCUCUCACAGCCCGGCCCCGGCUGGGGAAUCAGAGCGAUGCGUGGUGCCACACGAGUGUCUACAGAAUGGUUCCUAGUCUGGAGAGGACAUGGGAGUUUGUUCUUGGCCUGUAUUUUGCUUUGAAGAUGAUUUCUAACAGCCAUUGUGAAAGCAAGGCUGUGAUAUAAUCUCCCUCAAUCGGCAGACCAGAUAAGAAUGGAGAGGUUUGGACAGUUUACAAAAGACUA